AUGUUCCUCUAUCCCCUCCUUGCCAGCGGCAUGUUGGCUGGCGCCGGCCACGCCGCACUCCUCCCCCGCGCAGCCUCUAUAACCAUCACCAGCGCCAGCGUUACAACGACAGCAACCGCCGCACCGGCCCCAACGCAGCCAGGCCUAGUCUCCUCCUGCACCAACUUCUACAAAGUGCAAUCCGGCGAUGGCUGCUAUGCAAUCGCCGAGGCGGCCGGUAUCCCAUUGACCCAGUUCUAUGACUGGAACCCGGCUGUUCAGGACACAUGCCUGGGCCUCAUGGCGGACUAUUACGUCUGCGUUGGCGUAUCGGGAUCAGGCUCUGCAACCACCACCCUGCCUUCGGCGACCACUACCGCUGUUCCGUCGCCGGUGCAGGAUGGGAUUUCCAAGGACUGCACGAAGUACCAUGAAGUCGUCAGCGGCGACACCUGCUCAGCCCUCGCAGUCAGCAACGGAAUCACCCUGGACGCGUUCUACAGCUGGAACCCAGCCGUCGGCACAUCCUGCAGCGGGCUCUGGCUGGGCUACUACGUGUGCGUCGGAUCAUCCACAUCCGCCUCCGCCACAAGCACACCCCCAACAACAACGACCAGCCCAGCCUCCAUCGUCACCGCAACAGGCACAACCCCACCCCCCUCCCCAACGCAAGCCGGCAUAUCCCCAGAUUGCAUAACCUACUACCUUGCACAACCCGGCGACACGUGCUUCUCGAUCGUGCACGCCAACGCCUUCACAUACCUCAACCACAACGAGACUUUGUUCGCAGACUGGAACCCAGCGGUCGGGGGGUACGACUCCUGCAGCGGCAUCUGGGCGGGAUACUACUACUGCGUUGCGACAAGCGAGUUCCACCCGCGGCUCGAGAGCGUGAGUCCGUGCAUGAAGUGGAUGGAGCUGAGCCCGCUGAUGUCGUGCGAGACGAUGCUGCAGGAGGGCGUUGGGGGGAUGAGUGAGGAGGAGCUUAGUGAGUGGAAUCCUGGGCUCAAUUGUCAGAAUCUCCAUGAGGCCGAUGGGGAGUUUAUUUGUAUUAAUAAGGAGAGGGGGUAUUUGGUUUAG